CUGUUCCGGGGUUGGGGCCAAUCGCAGUGCUCGGCGGGCGUGACGCUGCGGACGGGGCAGUGACCCUGAGCGGUUUCGCGCGGUCUCCUUAGACAUCUCAGUCUUGUGGGGAGCUCGGUACAGCACAGCGGACACCAUGGCGCAGAUGAGAGUUACCGACUUCUUUGGCCAGCGCAAGCGGCAGGCGGCGGGGGGGCCGCUGGAGACCAAGAGGAGGAAGGCUCUGGCGGAGCCCGGCACCCGCAGUCAGAAGUUGGAAGAGUUGCUGCGGCCGCCCUGCAGCCCGGAGCGGGGAGCGGACAAUGAAGCCCCCGUGUCCCUCAGGAGGAGCAGCAAGAAGCGAAGCCGCCAGGAGUCUGACCCGGAGGCUGCCCGGCCGGGGGUGCUGGGCAAGAGCUCCGCUCGUAAGAAGCUCAAAUUACCGGAGGAAGAACCACAGUGUUUCAGUCCAUGCUCCAAAGCUGAAGUCCAGUGUGUGACCCCUCCAUCUCUGGGGAAGAAGAUCAAAGACUUGGUUAAUGUGACCCUUUCUCCAAAGACUGAUGGAUUGAAGAGUAGUCCAUGUGGGGCAGAUGUUAAGCUCCAAUCCAAGGAGAAUCUUGUGGAAUUAAAGUCUCGGCUGCGGAGGAUCCAGGAGCUCUCCCAGAAAGUGAAACUACCAGCUGCACCUACCCAGAGCAAGGUUACCAUCUCAGACCUGAAAGCAAAGCUCAAACAAGCACAGGAGCUAGAGUCCAAGAUCAGAGCGAAGAAAACUGCAGAGGAACAGCAGAACCUCCUGCAGACAGAGCAGCCUAGGGAGGAAAGUAGUGAGAAGGCGCCGGCCUAUCAGCGCUUCCAUACACUUGCCCAGGAUGUUCCCCCUGGACUGUCACUGCCGUUCAAGUACAAAGUUCUUGCUGAGAUGUUCCGAAGCAUGGACACCAUUGUGGGCAUGCUGUUCAACCGCUCGGAGACUAUCACCUUCUCUAAAGUGAAGCAGGGAGUCCAAGAUAUGUUGCGGAAGCAGUUUGAGGAGCGCAAUGUGGGACAGAUCAAAACUGUGUAUCCCACUGCCUACAAGUUCAGACAGGAGAAGAAUAUCCCAACCUACAAGGAUGGAAUGAAGAAGUCAGACUACCAGCUUACCGUGGAGCCAAUAGUUCCAGAAGAUAAACUGGAUGGGUGCCCUCAGCUCUCAGUAAGCUGCCUCUUGGACCGCAGGCGGAGGUUCCAUAGAAACCUGACCAACAUAGUAAAGCUGCACCACAGAUCCUUCUUGGCAACCUUGAAUCCUCCAAUGGUGGUGCCUGAUGACAAGCUGACCCGCUGGCACCCACGAUUCAAUGUUGAUGAGAUACCGGAUAUAUUGGCAGCUGAGCUCCCACAGCCCCCACAGGUAGACAAGAUGACCACGGCACAGGAGGUGCUGACCAAAGCCCGUGGUAUGAUGACUCCCAAGAUGGAAAAAGCUCUGGCAAAUCUAGCUUUGAGGACUGCAGAGAGCAGUAUUGUAGAACAGAAACCUGCACAAGAGGAGUCUAAACCUGUUCUUUCCGCACCAAGUGCCCUGAAAGGAGUGUCUCAGUCCCUGCUGGAGAGGAUUCGGGCUAAAGAGGUGCAGAAACUUCAAGCUGUGAUGAUGCGUAAACCCCAGCAGGAGGAACGUCUCCUCAUGAUGUCCAGGCUGCCAGAGUUGGCCCGUAUUCUUCGCAAUGUCUUUGUGGCAGAGAAGAAGCCAGCCCUGACUGUAGAGAUAGUGUGCAACAAGAUAAAUUCCAGUUACCGCUCAUCCAUGUCUUCAGGUGACAUGGAGAAGCACCUCCUGCUAUUGGUGGAGCUGAUUCCUGGCUGGCUUGCCAUUCAUUCCGUCAGACAGGAAACUUACUACAAGCUAAACAAGACUAUGGACCUGAAUGUAAUUUUAGAAAGGGUGAAUAAGAAGAUAAAGGAGGAAGAGUCCCAGUGACUUUAGCUUUCUUGGAACUCUUCGGCUGUUUUAUCAUGGUUUUCGGGACCUGUAUUUUAUAGGUGUGCAAUUUUUUAAUGGACGUUUAUGGAAAUGAUCCGUUCUACUGUUACAGAUUUAUUUUCCUCCUAUACUAAACAAUCUAGGAACUAAUCUUCAACUUGUAGAGGGCAAGUGGCACCUUGUGGAGAUCUCAAUUGGAUAAACCUAGUUUUUUAUUUUGAGCAGAGUCCUAUAUCAAGUUCAUUUUUAUAUUGAUAAAGAUCAAGUUUUUUUUUCAUGGUUUCCUCUGGAAUAAACUAAUCUGCAUUGUUUAA